AAACAGAACUAACAAUUAACAUUCAAAACCAACCGGCUGACUCGCUGUGAAUGUAGCCAUUCCGGCGGGAAGUGGCAGAGUUCCGGCCGUCUCCGUGGUGAAAUUCUAUCAUGUCUUCUCCUGAUAGUCAGGAUAUUUCCGCCUCAGAUGCCCGCGCAUCUGAGGAAUUUCUUUCUUCCUCUUCAUCGACCGGGUCACCCUCACCAGCUCCUGGUCCCCGGUCGAUUCCCAACCCCAAUGUUCCAGACCCGCGGCCAGUAAAUCAGAUGCCCGGUCAGAUCUUUCAAGAGGGGGGUGAACCGGUCGAAGACGAGCCGGCCCCCUAUGACCCUGAUAACGAAUCAUAUGAGGCAUGGGUGGACCGGUUGGAAACGGCCGGUUAUUUUCCUCUUCCUACCAGUUACCCUUCAGACAUCUACCCUCAUGUUUCCAAGAUCGCCCAGAAUAAGGCCCGAAGGAACCUCCCGGAGGGGUAUGUCCUUGAAUACGACCCCAACUGGCCCAACAUCAUCGAGCCUCACCGGGAUGAUAGGGUAGGGUUCCAUAUCAUUUCCCUGGAGAGUGGCACUGUCUUCCCCCUUCGCCCCCUCCUGGUCGAGUUGUGCCACUGUUUCAAGAUCCUCCCCAGGCAAAUUACGCCCAAUGCCCACCGUUUCCUUAAUGCCUUUGUAAAUAUCUGCAUCCAUCUCAAAAUCGACCCUUCCCUUCGCUUUUUCCUCUACUUGUUUGAAGUUCUUCCCGGUAAGUCGGGUUGCGAUGGCUACGUCUAUUUCAAAGGCCGUAACGGUCGCCAAUUCAUUUCUGACCUUCCACAAAGCAACCGGCAGUGGAAGGAAAAAUUCGUUUUCAUAAAAUUUCCUACGGUUUCUCCUUUGGCCGGCAUACCAUGGAAUGACCACAUCCUGAAGCCGCAAUUUACCGAGCCGGCCACCGCCCCAGACUUGGAAGAGAGUUUAGAGAAGCUUCUCCGAGGGGACCCGUUCACCGGGCAAAUGUUUCAUUACGGGGCUUGGAUCUGGCGGAUCCAACCGGGUGGCCAGGGUACCCCUAUGGCUCAUGAAGCAGCGGGGCACGGGGUACCCGCCCCGAGCAACACUGCAGAGGCCGGGGGCCCCAGCCACCCAGACAUGAAUUUCAGGGCGUUCAACAUGCCGAAGACAACCAGUGGUUCUUCUUCCUCUGCCCCCAAAACUGUCCCGGUCCAGAAGGAGACAAUUGAAGUUCAUUCCGAGGAGAAAGCCCCUUUGACCGGGGGAUCUGCCCAGACUGGCAAGGCACCGGUGAAUCCCUCCCCCAACAAUGGAAAAGGGAAAAAGAGAGUGAAGCAUGCGGCCACCACCCAUCCAUCGGUCAAGAAGAGAAGGGGAGAAAACCCCCCGGCGGAAGAGUCGCUGGAAGAGCUUUGGGUCAAAUUGACCCUUAAAUUGAAAGAGAUGGGCGAAGUUAGGCCCGACACCCUGGAGCAACUCACCGAAGAUUCCUCCUCCCGGCUGGCUCAGCUGGAAGAGAAGUUGAAGCGAUCUGAGGCCCAUAACCGGGAGCUUAAGGAACUGACGGCCUGGCAGCUAGACGAGAUGGCCGACCUUUCAGCGAUCGCCGGUGGUGCCAAGGUAGAGGCUCUCCAGCUGAAGGAGGAGAACCUGAAGCUGAUGGAGGAAUUGGAGUCAAAGGAGCGAGAGUUCCCCGGCCGUGCUCGCCGAUGGAUGGGGGAUAACCUAGAGGAGGUCGCCCGAGUAAUCACCUCUGACCAGGAGAAGACGGUGGAGGCUUUCAAGCUGAUCUACCGGGAGGAGCAGGGAAAGGAGAUGAUCACGCAGAUAGGCUCCUACGGCUUCAUGUCUGGGCAGAAAAGAGACCGGGAGGCUACACACGCAAUCUUGACUGAACGUGACCCGGCCUUUUCUGCUGAAGCAUACGGUCUGGCCCCCAUCCCUGAUGAAGAACCUGAACCCCCUUUCCCUUUGCAGUGAAUUCUCCCCGGUUGCGCCCGGUCGUCUUUUGUAAACUUGAAAACUUGAAAUUUCCCCGGGAAUGCCCGGUGUAUUUGUAAACAAUUAACAUUCUUAUUUUGCUUGAAUGCCAUGUUUGUUUUUCGUACCGGUUAAUCUUCCAUAUCUGCUUACUCCUUGGUUGAUAAUUCGUUAUUGCUCCUUAGAAUACCAUCAUAGAAAUUCCGACCGGUAGAACUUCAAAGUUCUCUUUGAUUACUUUAUCUGAAGGACCAGCUCGAGUAACUUUGACCGGUUGAACUCCAACUUGGUGGUCAGUUUGAAGAAUGAUUGACCGGCUAGGCUUUUGAACACCU